UAAAACAAAAAUAAUAAUUAUAAUAAACGAGUAAUAAACCCAGUCAGCUGAUUUUUAUGUGGGGAUGUGGAGAAUAAUCUUUGUGUGUAUCUUCCCUAUUUCUUAAGAAGAAAAUAGUCAGAGAUGACUAAUAAAUUAAGUCGCAUAAAUAGAUAAUGGAGUUACAGCAAUUAUAUCUAUAUUCACAUUUAUUUUACAGUUUUUUCAUCAUUUUAGCCAAAGCUUCAAUUCACGAAAAUUUGAAAUAUUUUCAAACUAUCCAUGCUGAUGAUGUUACUCACAAAAUAGUCAAACGAGGAUUAAAGGAGAGUAGCCACCCAUUUAAUCACAUUAAAGAAGUGAAUUUGAAUACGCAUGGCAGAGAUUUCAGGCUUAUCAUCUCUCCCAAGAAAGACAUACUCCAUUCAAAUUUCAAAGCUUAUUCUGUAGACGAGAACGGCAAGGAAACUACGGUGCACAUAGAUCAUGACGAUUUUUAUAAUGGUAGAGUAUUUGGUGAAACCGAUUCCCACGUCAGCUUGCACAUGGAAGAUGGGGUUAUGACUGGUAGUAUCCACUUAUCAGAUGAAACUUACCACAUUGAGCCAUCCUGGAGGCAUUUACCAAAUCACGAUAAUAGAACAAUGAUCACUUACAAACAGUCAGAUGUAAAAUUCAGCUGGGACAGUCCAAAGGAAUCGUCUGGGCAACCGAGAUCCAAAAUCUGUGACUAUGUAAAAGAGGGGAGAGAGUUAGAACUUGAUGACGAUGAUGAAGCAAUCGAAGAAGAUGAAAGUAUUAAAUGGAAGACUGGGCAUCACAGGGAGAAAAGGCAAAUAGACCCGUAUGAAUCCACCCCCACUAAAACUAGGUGUCCUUUACUGUUAGUUGCAGACUACAGAUUUUUUCAGGAAAUGGGAGGCAGUAACACUAAAACAACGAUAAAUUACUUGAUAAGUCUUAUUGACCGUGUUCACAAAAUAUACAAUGACACCAGCUGGCAGGAUAGACAAGAAGUUGAUGGCUUCAAGGGCAUGGGAUUCGUGAUUAAAAAAAUUGUUGUCCACAGUGAUCCUACCAGAAUCAAAUCUGGCGAAGCUCACUAUAACAUGAUUAGAGAAAAAUGGGAUGUUAGGAAUCUCCUGGAGGCAUUUUCCAGAUCGACGGAUCAUGGCAAUUUUUGUUUGGCACACUUGUUCACCCACCAGACUUUUAAAAAUCUCAAUUCCGUAGUGUUAGGCUUGGCCUAUAUUGCAUCACCUCGACUGAAUACCAGAGGAGGAAUUUGCAGCAAGGAAUAUUUCAAAAACGGAUACACCCUGUAUCUGAACUCUGGCCUAAGCUCGAGUCGCAACCAUUACGGCCAAAGAGUCAUCACAAGAGAGGCAGAUUUGGUAACUGCUCACGAGUUUGGCCACAAUUGGGGCUCUGAGCAUGAUCCAGAUAUUCCAGAAUGUUCGCCGAGCGCAAGUCAAGGUGGCUCGUACCUCAUGUAUACUUAUAGUGUCAGCGGUUAUGACGUUAAUAAUAAGAGAUUUUCACCGUGUAGUCUGAGAUCAAUUAGAAAAGUCCUUCAGGCAAAGUCUGGAAGAUGUUUCUCAGAACCAGAAGAGAGUUUCUGCGGCAACCUGAGAGUUGAAGGAGACGAAGAUUGUGAUGCAGGUCUUUUGGGAACUGAAGAUAACGAUGCAUGUUGCGACAAGGACUGCAAGUUGAGAUCCAAAGCUAUGUGCAGCGAUAAAAACUCACCGUGUUGUCAGAAUUGCCAAUAUAUGCGAAACGGGGUCAAAUGUAGGGAGGCCCAGUACGCAACAUGCGAACAAGAAUCUCGUUGCACUGGGCAGCAAGCUGAUUGCCCCAAAAGUCCUCCUAUGGCUGACGGGACAGAUUGUCAAGAAAGAGGAAAAUGUAGAAGUGGAAAAUGCAUUCCGUUUUGUGAAACGCAGGGCAUGCAGAGUUGUAUGUGCGAUAUAAUUGAAAAUGCCUGUAAGAGAUGCUGCAGGUCAAAUAUCAACGAAACUUGCUCACCAGUGGAUUCUGCAGACAUAUUGGCAGAUGGAACCCCUUGCAUACAAGGAUUUUGUAAUAAUGGACAUUGCGAGAAGACAGUCCAAGAUGUCGUAGAACGGUUCUGGGACAUCAUUGAAGAUAUCAACAUCAAUAAAGUACUACUUUUCUUGCGCGACAAUAUAGUCGGGUCGGUAGUUCUUGUAACGGCUCUUAUUUGGAUACCCGCAAGCUGCGUGAUUAGUUUCUUCGACAGAAAAAGAAGACGAGAAGAGCAGGAGAGACUAGAGUGGAGAAACAAAUCAGAACUGAUACACAGUUCCGACAAUAUCAGACGGGUGAUUCACUUGAGGGUGCCCAAACAGAGAAACGUCCCUCAAGUAUCUACUAGUCAGUCUAUCAUUCCAGAAUGAACAGUAAUAUAAGACUCUCUAGUAUUUCAGAUCAGUAGAAUCAUAGUUUUUGAAUCAUUUCUAGUAAUCAGUCAGUCAAAAGAUUUUACUCCAAUAACAUGUAGUUAGCAUUUUUUUAGAUGUUUCUCUGCAAAAGGUCUUUCAUGGAAAAUCAUACUAAACUAGUAUUACAUUCUCAAAAAUAGUUUUUGAAAAAUGAUGGCUACAAAUUUUAAUUAUACUAAGUGACAACACCAAAAUCCAUAGAAAUGUUUAUCACUAGAGAAACAUUUUUUUUAAUGCUCAGCAACACUUUGCCAUAAUGAAUAGUUUCAUGGACUCAAUACAAUUCCUUGAAUGUGUUCAGAAAAAAUGUGAUUAGAUUUCAUUUACAGCUUGAUACAUGAAUGCUAUAAUAACAGGAUAAUAUUAAAUAUAUGAUUUAUAUACAUAUCAAUCGCUCAAGGCUUGCCCAAAGAGAAUAAAGUCAACCGGGGUGUUGAGUUUCAUUAUUAAAAUAGGGAAAAUUUAAUAAAAUUGCAAUAAUAUUUUUCAGAUCAUAUUUGAAUUUGUUCAAUGAAAGUUGUUUCAUUUCAUCUGGUAAAUGAUUUAUAUCCUAAAUAAUCCUGUACCUAUAUAAAUAGAGAACUCCAUUGUAAAUGUGAUCUAUUUAUAGUGUGCAAGAGUUAAUAACUGGUUUCUCAGAGGAUACUGAUGACUGGAUCUAGGAUAUCAUUAACAUAAAUUCAAAAAAAGGGAGGGUCCUAGGAUGAAACCUUGUGAUACACCUGCUUCCACGACACCACUUUCUGAGUAAUACUAAUGAAUCCUAACUAACAUGUUUCGCUUAAAAAGAUAGCUCUUGAACCAUUCCAACGAUUUGUUCAUACUGGAAGUUUCUCAACUUGAACGAACGCUCUGUGUAUAUUUCAAGAAGCAGAACCCGGUAUAUUCUCAACUUGCCUAAACUCUUCACCAAUUUCGAUGGAGAGGUAUACAGCUAAAACCUUUCUUUCCCUAUAAAUAAUUCUUCACAAAUAAUUAUUCCUAAUAUGAAUAUCAAGCAGUUAAUUUGAAUUGCAUCAUUUAAAUUUUUCCACUGUGGGAUAUAUGGGAUGCCAAGAGGAAGACUUUUACAAAUGUGUUUAAAUUUAUUAGUUUUCUUAAUAACGUCAACUAAGACAGUUUUUUUUUCGGGUAGAAUCCUCUAUUUUCUGAUAGUUAUUUUAUUAGUGACUUUUUCGAUAUUAUUUUGAAUAUACAAAUCCUUUUUAUUUUUUCUUUCUGAUUAUAUACAUUUUGUAUAAAUCAUAAAUCAAACCUAAGAACAUUUUUAGAUCUAAUACUAUGUUCAUGCCGCAAAAACGCAAGUGAAGACUAUUGAUUUUUAGCAAGUUAUUUGUCGAGAGGACCUUUAUAAUGGUUUGCUUAAUCAUUGGGUAUUUGGUCCUUCGAGCCGGAUCAACUCUAUUUUUCACGAUGAACCGAUUUAUUUUGAUGAAAAAUUCAUUUUUAGUUUAAUUUUCCUCAUAUCUCUACUUUUUUAAAAAAAAUUAUAAAAUUUCUUAGGUAUUUGCUUUUUGGUUGGAAAAAACUAUUUUUGUGUACAUCAUAUUAUGAAGUAACAGUAACACAUUUUAUUUUGGCUCAUUUGAGCUUAUAGUACUGGUCUGUAUUCUUACAUUUCUGUGACAUACUUUACUUUGGUGCUCUUAAUAAUUUAUUCAUAGUAAGGAAGGUUUAUUCUUACCAAAUUUUGUUCUUAAGUUUAAAUGUACCUGAAUAAUUUUUAUAAUGUCCAGACAGUAGAUCAUUCGUUUUAAUAAUAUAUAUUCUGUACCUAAUUUAUUUUUACAGUUAACGUUAUACUUAGGUGACAACUCUAGUUUUCCUUUAGUUGAAUAGUUAUAUCUAGAUAUUUGAUCCAUCUUUUGUAAAGUAGCGUGUUUCUCCAAAUGUUCUUAACUAGAAACUGAUAUUCCACUAGUAGUAUACAUUUAUAUUGCCCAAUCUGUUGAAUAUAUACUUGAAUAAAAUAUUGUCAGUAAGAAAA